UACUGCCACAACCACCUCCUCCCCCCUUCUUUCCCCUCCAACCCCCCCGUCCCCAUUGAUGUGUUAUUAUUGGGGGGUUUGGAACAGUAAAAAGAAGAAGAAGAAAAAAGAGAAAGAGGAAGGCGAUCGGAGGAAGGAGAGAGAGAGAGUGCAGCAACCGUGCCAGACCAUGGAAGAACUUACAGCGUUUGUCUCCAAGUCUUUUGAUCAGAAAGUGAAGGAGAAGAAGGAGGUGAUCACAUACAGAGAGGUCCUGGAGAGCGGACCCGUUCGGAGCAGCAAGGAGCCGGGAGGUGGCAGCGAAUCGAGCCGGGAGGACGGCUGCAGCCCCGCAGUGAGAGCUGCAGGAGGAGGCGGCGGCGGCGGAGUAGGAGGAGGUGGUGGAGGAGGAGGAGGAGGAGGAGGAGGUGGAGGAGGAGGUGGAGGAGGAGGAGGUGGAGGAGGAGGAGGAGGAGGGCGGUCUCCCGUUCGGGAACUGGACAUGGGCGCCGCUGAGAGAACCAGAGACUCGGGCAGUCCCAAACUCACAGAGGUCUCCCCCGAGCUGAAGGAUCGCAAGGAGGAUGCAAAAGUGAUGGAGGACGAAGGACAAACCAAAAUCAAGCAGAGGCGCAGUCGGACCAAUUUCACCUUGGAGCAGCUGAACGAGCUGGAGAGACUCUUCGAUGAGACUCACUACCCGGACGCCUUCAUGCGGGAAGAGCUGAGCCAGAGGCUGGGGCUAUCCGAGGCCCGAGUGCAGGUUUGGUUUCAAAACCGAAGAGCUAAAUGUAGAAAACAAGAAAAUCAGCUACAUAAAGGCGUGCUAAUAGGAGCAGCAAGCCAGUUUGAAGCUUGUAGAGUUGCACCAUAUGUCAACGUCGGUGCACUGAGGAUGCCAUUUCAGCAGGAUAGUCAUUGCAACGUGACGCCCUUGUCCUUUCAGGUUCAGGCUCAGCUGCAGCUGGACAGCGCCGUGGCAGCGCACGCGCACCACCACCUCCACCCGCACCUGGCGGCCCACGCCCCUUAUAUGAUGUUCCCCGCGCCGCCCUUUGGCCUCCCGCUGGCCACUCUGGCCGCCGAGUCCGCCUCGGCCGCUUCUGUGGUGGCGGCCGCCGCGGCGGCCAAGACCACCAGCAAGAACUCCAGCAUCGCAGACCUCAGACUGAAAGCCAAAAAGCACGCGGCGGCCCUGGGGCUGUGACUUCGCUGCUGCCACCACGUGGUCCUCCUCACCCUCAUCCCAGCAUUGAUUCUCCGGCUACCGCCCACCCUUUCUGUCCUCUAAUCCCUUUUGGGCUGCUGGUACCAUCCACCCCUUUUCUUCUUCCUUCCCUUGCCCUCUAGCGCCGAGUCCCUGUCCCAAGGACACCCAGGGCCAAAUGGCCUUACAUCUCCCCCACCCCAUUCUCUCCCCUGGGGGCCAGGCUAGAGAACCCCCGGCAGAGCCGCACGGCCUCCGCUCUCUGGCUUAGAAAGGGGCCAAGACUGAUUUCUGCUUUUGUAAAGUUCCCGCUGUAGGACGUGUUUAAGGGAGGAACUGGGGAGGGGAACAAGAUGGGAAGAGGGAAAGUUUACCUCUUGGCAAAGCAGCACCAGAGGACCGAUGCUUUGAAGACAAAAACAAAAACCAUUGCUAAUCACAGAAUCCUAAAAAAUAUUUACAAACAAGAGAGAAAAAGAGAAAGGAUACUUAUUUCUCAUCUCCAUUCAACAGAAGCUGGACAACAGUAACAGAAUCAAGGGGGAAAAAAGGUAUUUGAUACAAUAAAAAGUUUGGGAAUUGACAUGGACGAAACUCCAGGUCAUUGGGGGGAGGUACCAACUUUAAAGUUUUUUCAGUUUUCUUAACGGCAAAGAUGGUGAAGAGGAAGGAAGAUGAAUACUUAUUUAAAGAAUUAAGAUGAAAAAAGACACGCAGUUGGGAAGUUCACAGGUUUUGAAACUGACCUUUUUCUGCGAAGUUCACUUUAAAUACAUUUGAUAAAAGAGGCGGGCCUCCUUUUACGUUGAAUCAGAUACUUUUGAGUUUAAAACCCACCACUUCUGGAAGAGCGAGAAGAAAGAAGGAAGAAGACAAACAUGGGGAGAAAUGAUAUUAA